ACGUCCCACCGCAGCGGAGACCUGUAGACGCUUCGCCAGGCGGUCGUCUUGGAAGAGGCAGGAUGAGCAAAGCGCACCCGCCGGAGCUGAAGAAGUUUAUGGACAAGAAGCUAUCAUUAAAACUAAAUGGAGGUCGACAUGUUCAAGGAAUAUUACGAGGUUUUGACCCAUUCAUGAAUUUGGUGAUAGAUGAGUGUGUGGAAAUGGCACCUGGUGGACAACAGAACAACAUAGGGAUGGUGGUAAUACGAGGAAACAGCAUCAUUAUGCUAGAAGCCCUGGAACGAGUAUAAAAAAUGAAGUACUUGCUGUUACUACAGUGUGCGGAAAUUUUAUUAUUAUUGGUUCUACAGGAUCAUUCCAUGUUUACAUUUUUUUAAAAAAUAAAUUCUUAAAAGUUGGUAUAACUUGCUUCACAACUUCAAAAAAUUAAUUUGGGAAUAUAUGAAAUUUGAAAAAAUGACUUUAAAUCCAUGUACAUGAAUGGAGAUAGGAUAAUAUUAGUGUUCCACAUAACACUAAUGGCCUAAUAAACAAGUGAACAAAACAAUUCCAAACAAGUUGAAUAAGAAAUGAACCUAUGCUGGCAAUAAGCCAGCGUCCUAAACAUUCAAGAUCCUGUUUUAUGACUUUUGAGAAGUCCUUGACUUAGGACCAGUUGUUAAUCAUUUUGAAAGUACAACUGCUUGUAAAGGGGCUGUCAUAAAAUGUUUUGCUUUGGUCCUAUGAUUGUGAUCUGGGUGUUGGCAACCUGGUCACACAACCGUUGCCAAGCACCCUGCAGUCAUGUGAUAGAAAGGGAGUGGGGGGAGACACACACACACACACACAAGUCCCUCAUACAACCACAAGGCAGGCAUAUCCCUUCACCAACCUGCUCCCCACCCCCCAGCAUUACAAAGUGUGUAUAUUUAGACUGCUAAAUUGGCCACGCCUACCCAGUCACGACCACCUAGCCACACACUUCCAGCCCUUCCCAUCAGUCUGAGGAACCGUGAAUUGGCCCCUUGUUUAAAAAGUUUGAGGUCACCUGACCUGUAUAAUCACUUAAUGAUUGCUGCUAAUUAGAGCCAGGAUUGCAGUCAUUAAAGUGAUCAUGUGGAUGUCUUGCUUAAUGACCACUUUGCUCAACAACUGAGAAUUUGGUCCUCCAAAUGGUAGCCGUAAUUCAACUUGAACCUCCCAUAAUGUAAUCCU